UCAAUCCCUUAUUUUUUUUGGGUUCUGAACUUUUUUUUUCCCUCCUUUGAUCCAGACUGUACUUUUAGAGUUUUCAGCUUCUGGGUUUGUUUUUUUAUUCUUAUUUUUUUUUUCUAAUCUAGCGAAACUUUUAAGAAAACCAGCAGAGAAAUAGCAGACAGACAAAAUAUGUUGGAUCUUAACGUUAACGUUGUGGCCGCGGAUUCGACCUGUGACGAGGAGGAGGCAGAGAUGGUGAUAAUGGAGGUUCGAGAAGGUUCUAGAAGCGCCCCAAUGGAGGACUCCGGCUCGCCCAACUCCUCCGUCGUCAAUGCCGAAUUCGAAGCUCCGAAUUCUUCGAAUGCCGGAGACGAAGUGCUAGACUCCAACUCCAACAACACCGAGGCAUUGAUCUUCGACAUAUUGAAGAAGGAGAAGGACGGCCUCGAAGACAGAAUUAGUAUUAGCCCCUCGCCGCCGGGAUUCGUCACCCGCUCGUUUUUUCCGGUGGCGUCCGGUGAGGCGGAGAGGUGUGUGGCCACGGCGGCUGUUUCCGGGUACUUGUCGUCGUCGUCGAGGCCGCAGUGGCUGAAUUUGUCGUUUGCGGACUCCGCGGGGGCCGGGCAAGUGGCGCCGGCGCCUGCGGCUCCGGUGGAGCUGAGAGUUAUGCAGCAGAAGCAGCAAGUGAAGAAGAGCCGCCGCGGGCCGAGGUCCCGCAGCUCGCAGUACCGCGGCGUCACGUUCUACCGGAGAACUGGCCGGUGGGAGUCCCAUAUCUGGGAUUGUGGAAAGCAAGUAUAUUUAGGUGGAUUUGACACUGCUCAUGCUGCAGCUAGAGCUUAUGAUCGAGCUGCAAUUAAAUUCCGUGGAGUUGACGCUGAUAUCAACUUUAAUGUAAGCGAUUACGAGGAAGACGUGAAACAGAUGAAGAAUCUGAGCAAGGAAGAAUUCGUGCAAAUUCUUAGGAGGCAAAGCACUGGAUUUGCUAGGGGAAGCUCUAAAUAUAGAGGAGUGACUCUUCACAAAUGUGGUCGUUGGGAAGCUAGAAUGGGACAAUUCCUCGGCAAAAAGUAUAUUUAUCUUGGGUUAUUCGACACCGAACAAGAAGCGGCAAGGGCUUAUGACAAAGCUGCCAUCAAAUGUAAUGGAAGGGAAGCAGUCACCAACUUUGAGCACAGUACUUACCAAGGGGAGAUAAUCCUUGAUUCCAAUGCUCAAGGCAUUGACCACAAUCUUGAUCUGAAUCUUGGGAUUUCUCCGCCGUCCGUUGAGCCAAAGGGGAAGGACUCUCUUGGAGAAUCUCGGUUUCACUGGAACGCUUGUGAAGUGCCCAACAGAGUCAAACCAAUGAUUGAUGGACAAUCCCCACAUGUUAUAGCAGUGACAUCCAACCACACUUCAGCUACAUGUUCUGGGAUAUAUCCUGGUUUCUUAUCAAAACAUGAGGAGAGGGCAAGUGCAACAGAUCAUCAGAAGAGGGCGGUCGAAGCGGUUAAUUCUUCGCCGAGAUUUUUGAAUUGGGCAUGGAAAAUUCACGGCAGCAACGGUAGCACUGCCACAUCGAAUGGUGUCACAGCUAUGCCGGUUUUCUCCAAUGCAGCAUCAUCAGGAUUCUCAUCUUCCAUAACUUCGGCUGCUCCAUCAGCUACCUCUCCUCCGCAAAACCUGCAAAACACUUUUGCCCCCAAUUCUGCCUCCCUAACUUGCCGACCCCCCACAUUCACAGAGGCUGAAUAUCAAACACCUUGAGUGCAAUAGAAGAGUGCUCAAAACUAAAACAUAUUAAGCUCUAGUUUGUACUAGCCUAUAGUUGGUCCAUUUAGAGAUGUUUUUUGUGUUCGAAUAUGUCUCGCAAUAUAUAAAUAUAUAUAGCAUUAUCUGAUCACUUAUUGCUUAACUGUAAUGUAAUCUUUCUUUAAUUAAUUGUAUCUGUUGUAUAUAGUUAUCCUUGUUUAACGGCUAUUCCGGACUCAAAAUAUGAUUCAAGGGAAA